AUGAAGCUGCGGCGGCAGGGGGGGUCGCUGGACGAGGAGAAGCUGUUCGAAAACGUGAGCAAGGAUGACUCGGGCAUGAUCAAGAAGUUCACGCUGGGCGUGUGCGCCAUGGAGAGCAAAGUGGAGAGCGCACCGAUGGAAUGCAUUUUGAAGAGGCUAGCCAAAAGCGGAGAUUUCAACAUCAUCAAAUUUAAAGGAGACAUGAUCAUUAACCACGAUGUGGACUCCUGGCCGAUAGUGGAUUGCCUCAUAGCGUUUUACUCCACGGGGUUUCCCUUGAAGAAGGCCAUCGACUAUGUAAAGAAAUACAAGCCCAUAACGUUAAACAACCUGAGUAGGCAGCUAAUUUUAAGAUCGAGGCUACAAAUCUAUGAGGAGUUAAAAAAAUGGAAAGUGCCUCAUGCGAAUUAUGUAGUGGUGGAUCACGACGCUGUGAGGAGAGGAGAGCAUAUAUUUGAAGAAUAUUACGACUAUAUCGUUUAUAAUAACAUUAGGCUGAAUAAGCCUUUUAUAGAAAAGCCCAUUAAUGCAGAUAAUCACAAUAAUUGGAUUUACUACCCGAAGAACACUGGGGGGGGAUGUAAAAAGCUCUUUAGGAAGGUGAAAGACAGAAGCAGUGAGUACUGCCCGGAUGUCCACAAAGUGAGGAACAACGGAGUGUAUAUUUAUGAAGAAUUCCUUUCAACCUUUGGCACAGAUGUAAAAGUGUAUACCGUUGGUCAGAUGUUUGCUCAUGCAGAAGCUAGGAAGUCUCCCGCACUUGAUGGGAAAGUCUGUAGAACAUCUGAUGGGAAGGAAGUUAGGUACGCCGUUAUCCUCUCCGAAGCAGAGAAAAUUAUUGCCUAUCGAAUUGUGGAGGCCUUUCAACAAACCGUUUGCGGAUUUGACAUUUUGAGGACCACCAUGGGACCAUUCGUCUGUGAUGUCAACGGAUGGUCUUUCGUAAAAGGAAAUAUAAAAUAUUACAAUGAUUGUGCCCAUAUUUUGAGGGCCAUGUUUCUGGCCAAAUUAGAAGAAAAAUAUAAUAUCAUUCCGAGGGACCUGGCGGAUAAUUGGUAUAACAUAGAAAAUGAAGAAGAGGUGUUGAGGAAAACCUUUAGACAGCCGGAUGACCUCCAUUGCUCUCAUCAUGAAGAGCUGUGCUCCGUCAUCAUUGUGAUGAGGCAUGGUGAUAGGAAGCCGAAACAGAAAAUGAAGUUCCUCACCGAUCGUCCCCUCCUUUUGGACUACUUUAAUUGCGAGGAGAAUCUAUACAGCGUGAUUGAGAAUAAGCUGGCCGCGGAUGAGCAUCAGAAGGCUAGCCACGCCGAUCUGAACAGCAGCAAUAACAACCUCUCCGUUAGCUGCGUGCCCUCCGACCGGGUGGACUCCUCCAUGUUUCAGUACGACGCCGCGGCCAGCAAGGCCCCCUCCACGCUCAGCAAAAUCUCCUUCAUUUCGCAGAAGAGCGGCGAGCUGCUCACCGCGGUGGUCGCGGCGAGCGCGGCGAACGCGGCAAACGCUGCUAAUACGGCAAACGCUGCUAAUACGGCUAAUACGGCUAAUACGGCUAAUACCGCUAAUACCGCUAGUACGGCGAGUGGUGUGGCCCCCGAGGAGGAGGAGCGCCGAGACAGCCUCUACAAGGAGUACACGAAGAAGGAAAUAAAGUUCAAGUCGCCGGAGGAGCUGCAGGACCUCUUCCUGCGGAACAACAUCAUCCUGGGCGACAUCGAGAAGGAGUACAAGGCGCUCAAGGCGGAGGCGGAGGUGCGCAGGGCCGUCAGAAGCGAGGCGGUGGGGAGUGAGGCGGUGGGAAGCGAGGCGAUGAGAAGUGAUGCGGUUGGAGGAAGUAAUGGGGAGGCUUCCCUUAAGCGUGAAGAGGACCCUCCCAAAGGUGAGGCGACUCCCCCGAAGGGUGACGUGGCUACUUCUACGCGCGACGUGGCUACUUCCGCACGUGACGUGGCCGCUGCUCGCCCGCACGCCGCUUUGCCCCAGGAGGAGCUGGAGGCCAGGCUGAGCGAGUACGAAGUCACGAUCGAGAACCACAAGACGCUGCAGAAGGUGCUGGAGCGCGGAGACGGGUUCACGGGCAUCAACAGGAAGAUACAGCUGAAGCCAGUGGAGUUCGUGGUGCUGAACGACAAAAUUGUGGUGACGAAAAUCAUGACGGUGGCCAAGUGGGGAGGAGAGCUAACCAGAAUGGGAAGGAGGCAGUCCGAAAAUCUGGGAAAACGAUUUAGAGCCACUCUCUACCCAGGCGAUUCAGAUGGCUUGCUACGAUUGCACUCAACGUUUAGGCAUGACUUUAAAAUAUUUACAUCCGACGAAGGCAGGUGCCAGAUAACGUCUGCCGCUUUCACAAAGGGGUUCUUAGACCUUGAUGGAGAGCUCACCCCCAUCCUAGUCGCCAUGGUGAUUAGGAAUUCCAAAGCGCACAGUCUCCUGGAUGACAACAGACCUAGUCUAAAUAGAACCCAAUGCAAGCAGUACAUAGACAGCGUGCUGAACGAAGAUAAAGAUAUUGAUGAGGACCUGUUGAAGAAGCUCACCUCAGGGAAGCAUGCCAGGGGGUUACGAGAAUCACUCAGAAAAAUCUCAAACUUCUUCCAGCUGAUGGAGAAGAUUAGAAAAACCAUUUAUGACUUCUUGAAGGGACUAAACCAGGAGGUGCAAAAGUGGCUGAACCUGUUCCCCUACGAUGAGUAUGCCCUCUACGUGAUUGACAUUUUGCACGAAAUACAAGUCAGGUGGAAGUCACUCACCAAAAUGUGGUAUAAGAAAAAUAAGAACAAUUAUGACACCUCUAAAAUCCCAGACAUUGUAGAUAACAUACGGUUCGAUCUAAUUCAUCAUCACUCCUAUUUGGGAUGUGGAUUAGAUAAGGCCUUCGAGAUUUACAAUCAAAUAGAACCGCUAGCCAAUUUUAUUUCCCAAGCAGAGUAUGGAAUCACUCCAGAGGAGAAAGUUAAAAUUGGGGUUAACAUCGUUGGCAAGCUUCUGCGCAAACUCAUUCAUGAUGUUACCUUCUACAGAGAUGAGGAGGUACGCACGAAGAGAAACAACAAGGGAUGCUUUGAUUUAAAAAAUGCCCUCAACAUUUCCUACAUCAAUUCGUUUAACAUAUCUAAGGGGGACAAGGCCGGGUUGCCAGCAAGUGAAAAGAACCCACAACAACAGGUUCUGGAAAGUGCCAAGGUAGAUGCACAGCACGCCAAUUGGCUAGACAAGGAGAUACAAAAGGACACGCCCAAAAUGUUCAGCAUGUGCAAGUAUGACUCUAGGCAAAUCUUCAUUGACAACCGUCCGCAGAAGGGGGGGGAGCAGCUCGUCGCGGCGGUAGCGGCCACCGCGGCAACAGAGGCGUACUCCUAUGGGGCCAACUCGGCUACCACCGAUACCGCCGCUUCCGCUCCUACCGCUGCUACCGUGGCCACCGCGUCCUACUCCAGUGGUGCCUACUCCAGCGGGGCCCUCUCAGUCGCGCCGCUCUCCUGCGCCACCUCCUCCAGUGGGAAGCCCCCUCUGAGCGAGCCCCAGGUGAAGAAGUCCAUUUACAGCGAACUCAACCGGAAGGGUGGAAAAGUGGGAAGGGAUGCCCAGGUGGGGAAGAGCCCCCCUGGUGCAGUGCCUACAGUAGGUGCAGUGCCCACAAUAGGUGCAGUGCCCACAACAGGUGCAGUGCCCACAACAGGUGCAGUGCCCACAACAGGUGCGGGUGGCCCCGCUUGCCUGAAUGGCCUCCACCGCCCCGAACGCACCAAGGGGGAGAAGCCAGAGGAAGGCGACAUUCUUCAGAAAGACGAGUUCGAGGGGGGCAUCCGGACGCCGGACAGGAGCCCCACGAAGGGUGCGCCUGGGGCGGCGGGCGAUCCUCAUGGUGGUUCGACCCACAGCGGGGGCCUCCCCGUUGGUAUUACGGUUAACAGCACCGUAGCAGGCGCGCUUAGCAGCACCGUAGCAGGCACGCUUAGCAGCACCGCAGUAGGCGCGCUUAGCAGCACCGUCGCAGGGAUGGGCGUCAACCCGAAGGAGAAGAACCCCUUCAAAGCGGCGGGGGGAGGAGUCACCUACAACGUGAAUGCGAAGGACCUGUACGCGCCAAAGCUGAUCAACAAGAAGGAGGCGCUGGUGAUCAACUCGUCGGACCUGUGGGCCCACCAGAAUAAGUACCGAAAGGAAAAUAAUGAGAAGCAAAAAAUGAAAAAGAUAAAAAACACCAAGGAGAGCGAACUGAACUUGAAGAGGGAGGACAACGUCGAGGUGGCUGGUGAGUACAGGGGAGUAGACAAAAAGGGGAGCAGCUGGAUGAGGGGUGCAGGAGGGAUUAGCGGAAGUGGCAGCGACACGCCUGUGAGGGAGUUACGUGGGAAGGUCACCGGUCGGUUGGAUGGGCAGAAGAGCGAAGAGGAAAGGGGAAGGAAUGGCUCAACGAAGAGCGGCGCAUCGAAGAGUGGCAUUGCUGGGAAUGACCCAUCGCAGAGCCCCCAUGAACGCCCACAGCAGGGGGGCAAAGACGGAGUGACGAACGAACAGGGCAGUAACAACGCAACGCAGGGGAAGGCAGAGGAGAAAACCAACCAGGAGCACCAAAUGGAGGAGACAGAUCGGCAGGGGGAUAACGACAGGGAGGAAGAUCAAGAGAAGGGGGAAAAGGAGAAGGAAGAAGACGAUGACGAAGGGGAGGAUGACGAGGGAGAGGAAGAACACGACCAUGACGAUGAUGAAGAUAUAAUUAGACUUAAAGAAACAGAUGCAAGGAGGUUAGGAAUCAGGUCUCCUUGGAGGAUGGUUCGGUCCAGGUACUACGUCACGUCAGCCUCGCACAUGAUUUCUCUCUUGAGCAUUCUUAUUCAUGCGAAGAAUAUAGACUGCUCGAAUAGCCAAAAUAUAAUUGAUAAUGAUUCCAUUAAAAGUGUGGGAGACGUUACAGACCUGCAUUACCUUUCACAUCUAGUUUUUAGAGUCUGGGAGAGAAAACAGCUAAAGCGAAAUGACAGCAAUAGGUUUAGAAUCGAAAUUCUGUUCAGCUCUGGAGCGAAAGACGGGUUCGGACAGAACUAUGAGCUGCUCGAGAAAGACGCCAAGGCGCAGCAGCAGAAGUACGAGAGGCACUUUAGCAAGUACGUGGAUGACAGCAAGAGAGGCGGGGGCGCGCCGGGGGAGGUGAACCCCUCCAGUCAGGUAAGCCGCGCGAACUCGGCCGUCAGCAAGGGGGAGAAGAAGCCCUCCGGGGAAACGACCCCCGGGAAAGCGCCACGUGGGGAAGCGGCGUCCGGGGAAGGGCCCCCCCUGGAGAAGCCCCCCCCAGCGAGCAAUGACCACUGCGCCUCCGCGUCGGACAAGGUGGAGUCGAACAACUCCCUCUCGCAGGCAGCACCCCAGGGGCAGGAAGACAAAGCGAAGGUGAGCGCGGGCAACGCAUUCCGGUUCGCCCACAGCGUGGAGGGGAGGGCGGCCAGUUUGGGCGAAUGUGUGCCGAGUGUGCAGUGUGACGUAGCGAACACGGAAGGGAGAGGCGAGGGUGGCGUCGACAGUGAGAAGGGAAAUGUGAGUAGGAACGACUGCGAGGGGGGCAGCCUGGGAAGAAGCGACUCUGCGCUUAGGAAGGACGCUUCGCUCAGGAGGGAUGCUUCUCUCAGAAGGGACGCUUCGCUCAGGAGGGAUGCUUCUCUCAGAAGGGAUGCUUCUCUCAGAAGGGACGCUUCGCUCAGGAGGGACGCUUCGCUUAGGAGGGACCCCUUACGCAGGAGUGGACUGCGGAGCCAGUUCUCAGCCAGCUCAGCUAGCCUGUUCCGAAGAGGAGAGGAAGAAGAAGAGGCAAAGUUCCACCAAGCGGUCUACAAAAGAGACCUGUCCUUCGAGUUUGGAGGGGUGCACGAGAAGCUAAGUUCAGUCAACAACAACACGACGAGGACGGGGAGCUACAUGGUGAGAUCCAUCAGCUCCAAUUUGAGGAAAAAAAAAUACAAACAGAAAGAUGGCCUAAAUGUAGAGUACGAAAAGAAAAAAAAGGAAGACAUUACAAAGGAAAAUCUGUUAACCUAUGAACAUGAGUGUAGCAUUGACAUGGGCACACAAGAAGGCAGUCACAAAAUCCGCCGGAGCUUUUCCUGCCUCAGUGAUAGGUCCUUCUAUAUAAAUACCAAACAGAUCGACCUAGAGGGGGAAGCUAAUGCCAGUAAAAAUUUUAACGGAAGAAGAAACAGCUUGCUCGAAAAUGAAGUGGGCAGGAAUACCUUCCAACACGGCCUUCAGCACAGCCUGCAACACAGCCUUCAACACAAAAUGGAGCGCCCAUUUCAGCACAAAAUCGAGCGACCUUUCCAAAACAAAAUCGAGCGACCGUUCCAAAACAAAAUUGAGCACCCCUUCGAGAAGAACAGCGAGCAUGAUCUGAAGGACAGCAAAAAGGCGAAUGUUUUUUCCCACGUCUUUCAGCAUUUUAACGAGAGUAAAAAAAACUCCACUUCAAAUUUGAAGUUCUUUUACAAAACGUAUAUGCCUGAUUAUGAGAAGAUCAUCGAGAAUGACAAGAAGGCGGAGACCUUCGACGUCCCUCCCUACUGCGAGUUGGCUCCCCUCAUUGUGCUGACGAAGAAUUGCCAGCUGUCCACCUUCGAGAAUAUCCUCACGCAGAUUCUGAACAAGUACUCCAAGGGCGGGAAGGGGAAGGACAAGGGGCAGAAGGCGGGGCCCAAGCAGGCUUGA